AUGAACUUCUUCAAGACGAAGCCACGCACACCUCCCGAUCUCAUACGGGGACUCCGAGACGUUAUACCCAAGUUGGAUGCCGGGCCACCAGGAACUGAGUCAAGGAGGAAGGCGAGCGAAGAAGUCUCAAGAAAUCUUCAGGCGAUUAAAGGAAUAUUAUACGGUGAUGGUGAACCUAUACCUGAACUGAUCGCUCAGCUCGCACAAGAGACGUAUUCCACGGAUCUCCUCCUUAUUCUUCUCCAGAACAUGCACAAAUUCGACUUCGAAUCACGGAAGGAUGUAGUCCAGAUAUUCAAUAACCUCUUACGGCGGCAGAUCGGAAAUCGGUUACCAACAGUGGAAUAUAUUUGCGCAAGACACGAGGAUGUGAUCUUUGCAGCGUUAGCUGGGUACGGGAACGAAGAAAUUGCACUGAAUACGGGGAUGAUAUUGAGGGAGAUGCUGAGGCACGAACAGUUGGCUAAGAUACUCCUCUAUUCGGAUCACUUCUACACGUUCCCUCAUUAUGUAGAAACGACAUCGUUCGGGGUCUCGUGUGACUCUUUCGCCAACUUGAAAGAGACGCUGACACGACACAAACCAAUGGUAGCCGAAUACCUAGAGAAGAACUAUGAUAGGUUCUUCAACUCUUACACAACCUUGAUACUAUCCAAUAACUACGUUACCAAACGGCAGUCGCUUAAGCUCUUAGGCGAAAUUCUGCUUGAUCGCGCAAACUUCAAUGUCAUGACGAGGUACAUCUCACAGGAUGCGAACCUCAAGAUGAUGAUGAACAUGUUGCGCGAUAAAAGCAAGAAUAUUCAGUUUGAGGCCUUCCAUGUCUUCAAGGUUUUCGUCGCAAAUCCGAAAAAACCACCCCAAAUCGAAACAAUAUUGAGAAGAAACAAGGAAAAACUCCUAGUCUUCUUGAAGAACUUCCAUAACGACAAGGAAGACGAGCAGUUCAGCGACGAGAAGCAAUUCUUGAUAGUCCAGGUUCAGAAUCUGUGA